AUGACGGCGCAGCGCUGGCAGGGCUCGCGCAGUGACUACGCGCGGGCAGACGCGAUAUCCACGACGCUCCAGCACAAGGUCUUUCACGACAACGUCACGCCGCACUGGUCGUCCGACAGCGCCCGCUUCUGGUACCUCCGGGCCAUGCCGCCGCCGCAAGUGCCCGAGUUGCACUUUAUCGAUUGCCGCCAUGGCGUGCGCUACGUCGACGCCGCGCGGCUCCAGCUCGCGAUCGCGACGCACAUGGGAUUGCCCGAGGUGCAGCUCACGCGCGCGGCGUUCGUCGACGACAUGGCCCAUCUUGUGCGAGUGGCCGUCAUGACGGUGUCCGGUCUGCGCUGGUUCCUCUGCGAUGUACACUCGUACGAUGCGGAUAUGGAGCCCACCGACGCGUCCAGCGACAUCGCCUCCAAGGCCGAGGCCAUGGUCUCGACGAACGGCGGGGCCGAGAUCGACCUCGUGGUUGUCAACGCCUACAGCGCCCCGAUCGUCAUGCGCUGGGUCGACACGGACGGCGAAACCCAUGCGUACAGCGAGAUCCGCCCGGGCGGCGAGGUCAAGCAGCAUACGUACGAAGGCCACGUAUGGCAACUCGUCCACGCCGAGAGCGAUGCGAUCCUUGCGUGGUAUCGAGGCGCGGGCCAUAGCGAGCGCAUUGAACUUCAAGGGCCCGACGCCAUCAUCGCGUCCGAACUUGUCCCAGACGCUGCUACGCCCGACGACGCAUUCAAUGUCGUGGUCGAUGGCGUCGGCCUGACGACGGAUGGCAGCCCGCUCUUGCAGUACGACGACGCUCCGCGACAGCUCACGCUGCUUGAGAUGGCGGCGCAAACGACCGACCCGCGAGCGAUGCACGUCUCGGCGCGCGUUCAGACACACGAGUACCUCAAGCCGGGGGACCCUAUGCCAUACCGCGAGCCGCUAUUGAUCGAGAUUGCCACGAAGCGCGUCAUCGUUGUUCAGUCCCCUGAUCUCUUUGCUGCGAGCUAUAGCAACGCGCAGUGGCAUUGGCACCCGAGUGGGGACUGGGCCUUUUUUCUGCACGAUGCGCGCGGCCACCAGUGCCAGCGGCUCAUUGCCGUCCACGCCAGCACAGGACAGAGCAAAGUGCUACUGGAAGAGACCAGUGACACGUUUAUUGACCACCCGCGCACGUACCUCAAGUACUUGCAGACGUCGAACGAGCUGCUCUGGUCGUCGGAGCGAUCCGGCUACCGACAUUUGUACCUCUACACGCUGCCGUCGCGCUUCCAGGAACUCGAUCGUCUCUGCGGCUUCGCACUCACGCAAGGUCGGUUUGUUGUCUCGGGCGUUUCCGCAGUCGACGAGACGAAUCGCACGGCGCUCCUCAGCGUCCGCGGCUUUGAUGCUGACAUGGACCCGUACUACGUCCAGUACGUGCGCCUCGACCUCUCGACGCGGGCGCUCACCCGUCUGACGACGGCCGAUGCGACCCACGACCCACCUCACUUCUCGCCCGACAAGAGCGUCUACCUCGAUCGGUACUCGCGCGUCGACUUGGCGCCGAUCAUCGAGCUGCGCCGCGCCGACGAUGGCGCCCUCUUGUUGCACGUCGAGUCGGCCGACAUUGCUGCGUUGGUUGCGACCGGGUGGCAGCCUCCGAUGCGGUUCAACGCCGCGGGCCGCGACGGCACCACGCGCAUUUAUGGCAUUGUGGUGGUACCGCUGAUGACGACCGCGCCACCGUCCCGGCCGUUCCGUGUGAUUGAGAAAAUCUACGCGGGGCCACACGAUGCGUUCGUCCCCAAGAGCUGGAACCUCUGCCUCGAGAUGCGGGCGCUCGCAGAGCUCGGCUUUGCCGUCGUUCAGAUCGACGGUAUGGGCACGGCCCAGCGCUCGAAAGCGUUCCACGACGUUUGCUACCGCAACCUCCUCGACGCUGGGCUUCCCGACCGUGUUUGCUGGCUCAUGGCCGUCGCUGCAAAGUGUCCGAGGCUGCUCGACGUCGUCUCUGGGGUUGGCAUUUAUGGCGGGUCGGCCGGUGGCCAGAGCGCAGUCGCCGCCUUGUUGUUGCACGGCGACGUGUACCGUGUGGCCGCCGCCGACUGUGGCUGCCACGACAACCGCGUCGACAAGCUGUGGUGGAACGAGCUCUUCAUGGGGUACCCCGUGACCGCGUGCUACGCGGCCAACGCCAACGCGACGCACGUUGCGCGCUUGGACUCGCGGCGCCAGAAGCUCCUCCUCACGGUGGGGCUUCUCGAUACCAACGUCGACCCAGCGUCGACGUUUCAGCUGGCGCAGGCGCUCAUGGACGCCGACAAGGACUUUGAGCUACUGCCGUUCCCGCGUCUCGGCCACGGCGCCGGCGACAGCGCCUACGGGAAGCGAAAACGCAUGGACUUUUUUGUGCAGCACGUGCUCGGGACGGUGCCGCGCCAUGACGAUUAA